CCUGAUCCUCAUAGGAUCGCAUUGUAAGCGUCCCUGGUGGCAUUCUCGAGAUCGGUUUUUAUGCGGUCUGCGUCAUCAAUUAGUCACUCUUUUGAGCACUAAAAGAGACAAUGUUGACAAAAAGGAUUGUGCGAUCUGGUCUAAAAAAAAAAUGGGCACAUCCACUGCCUUCUUAACUUGGUGUCUCUGAGCCUGCAGCAAGGAGUUUCUCCUAGACCAGAUUAUGAAGGGUUAAAUAGGUUGGUCUUUCUGGGUCCUAGAGCCCUUCCAUAUCGUUUAGAGACAGGGGGAAGGAAUAAGGUACGGAGCUUCCUCUCUCACACACACAGUUUUUUUUCUCUUCUUCUUCCCAGCAGCAGCAAAAGCAGCAGAUCGAGACAGUAGAAGCCCCCAAGCUGGGCAAAGCAGCGGAGGUGAGUCGAUGGGAAUUCUGCAUCCGGAGGACUGCAAUUUGCGAGAUAUCUGGAAGUUGCAGGCAUUUGCUUUAUUUGACUGACAGGGAAGAUGUGGCUUCUGCUAUAAGGCAGGGUGGAGCGAUGAUCAUCAGCUCAAAACAUGGGAUGCAAAUCCACAUGAGGUUAUUAGCGCCUUAGAUGGGAAUUUUGCUGUGCUCUUGAUGGAAGUAGCACUGUUGAUGAUAAGCCCUGUUCUGUUGAGCACCGUCCUGCCAAUUUUGGCAAGGGAGUUGAGAGCAGCAUCAAGGCCAAGGCCAAGGAGACAAAAUGGCUGCAAUCAAAGGGAAGCAAUAACGCCACAGCUCUAAACGCCUUUGAGAGCAACCCAGAGGGAAGAAUGGAGGAGCCAAACCCAGGACAUCCUGAACUGGGGGGAGGGGUAGGCAAGUCUCCUCGGGCUGUCCAGGCUGGGGCAAUCAGCGAAUUUCUAAGGUGGGCCACACCACACCAUGGUAGGGUUGAGAGACAGGAGGGAAUGCACCCUCAUGGAGAAGCCCAGUGGCAAGAAAUCCUCAAAACGGUACAGUCCUCUCACUCAGGUUGGGCAACUUCUCAGCUGCCAGAGUUGCCGCCUUGGGAUGACCUGUCUACAUUCGAGCGGGUAGUCGAUGCCUGCCAGUGGCCACGAGGAGAAGGCGUGGCCAAACUCGUGCCGAAUCUCACUGGAGAAGCACAGCAGGCCUUCAACAGCCUAGAAACCCGAGAAAGAGGAGACUACGGGAAGGUGAAAGUUGCCAUCCUGCGGGAGGACUUUCCAAACGUGGAGGCCCAACGCCAGCACUUCCGCCAGUUCCGCUACCAGCAGACCGAGGGGCCCCGGGAAGCCUGCAGCCGGUUGCGGGAGUUGUGCCACCGCUGGCUGGAGCCGGAGAGCCGGACGAAGGAGCAGAUCCUGGAGCUGCUUAUCCUGGAGCAGUUCUUGACGAUUCUGCCGAAGGAAAUCCAGAUUCGAGUCCGAGAGCGCGGGCCGGAGACCUGUGCCCAGGCGGUGGCCCUGGCAGAGGGUUUCCUUCUGAGGCAGCAGGAGGGGGGGAAACGGGGGCAACAGGUAUCGGGAACAGCCCAAGAAGGGCCUGCAAAUUGCUCUGAAGCUCAUCGGCCUCUGGUCAGCACCAGGCAAAGGCAAACCUACAAGGAAGUCAGGCAGCAGGACAAUGGGAAUGCCAGCUCUCCCGGUGCCAAGUUUUUGGGAAGAGCUGGACAGUAUUUCCAGUGUCCGGACUGUGGGAAAAGGUUUAGGGGAGAGGAGGAACUCCGAGCUCACGGCGGCAUCCACAGGAAGGACCGACCUCAUGCCUGUGCUCAGUGUGGGAAAAGAUUCACCCGCCCGUCGGGCCUAGCCAAACAUUUGAAAACUCAUUCAGGGGAGAAACCUUACCACUGUGCUCAGUGCCCAAAAAGCUUCAUUCAGAUGUCACACCUCACCAGACACCAGAGAAUCCAUACUGGGGAGAAACCCCACCCCUGUGCCGAAUGUGGGAAGCGCUUCAACUGCCCAUCGGACUUGGCCAAGCACCAGCACAUCCACACGGAUAAGAAACUCUUCCUGAGACAGAAUGGUCCAAGGUCUCCCAUUGAGGCAUGGCAGAGUCAGAGCUCAAGAACAGGUCAUGCUUGCUUUCUCGAUCUUCAUAGGUUUUAGCUUGGAGAGGUCAGAAUAGAAUUAAGGUAUUCUCCAAGCUGUUAGUAUUUUGCAGGAGGGGUUCAAGUGCGUAUUAAAUAUUUACUUGUUUGUGCAUCCCCUGCAAAAAACAAAACAAAAAAACCAACCCCAUAGACUGUUUGCAUUUAGGAAGGUGAUGGGGAAAUGCACUGAAAAGAGUAGUAUGAACAAAUGAUGAAUGGGAAGGUGUAUACCUGCUAUGAAAGCAAAUCAGGAUGAAUUCCGGAUGAGUGCUCAUUGUCGUAUAACCACCCUGCAAACCAAUCAAAAUGAAUGCUGAAUAAAGAUUGGUCAUAGUCUUACCUCCCUGUAAGCCUUGUGGAAGCAAAUCAUGAUGAAUAAACAUGUCAUCUGGAGGAGCCCCCAUAUUUAUUUUGUGUGUGUGCCAUUACUGCAGCACCUGCCUUCUGCAGUCUUUCUCAAUGAGAGUCUUUCCUCUUAAAGACAGAUACUUGGAACUCUCUUGUGCUGUAAAAGCCAAGUUUGGAGGGGGAAUCACAACCGACAGGCCUUUUUCUCUUCUCAAGCAGCAUGUGAUUUUCAAGAAAGCACCCUGGUCUGAAGAAUGAACAAUUCUGCCACUUGCUGAACAUGACCAUGUAAGCCAGUGGUAGCCAAUGUUGUGCCCCCCAGAUGCCAACUCAUCCCUGGCCAUGUUGGAUGGGGCUGAUGGGAGCUGGAAGGCACCAUGUUGGUUACCCAAGUACUUAUAUUUCAACUCUUGUUGGGUUUAGUCCUUGACUCCAAUGCUUGAGUAGCGCUCUAAAUCUGGAGGCUGAAUAGGAGCCUUCAGGUGUACCAAACACAUGUUCUGUCACUGUUCUUCCUUGUUCUCUCUCAGCCUCCAUCCUGCCCUCAUAUUUAUCUCCAAGGCUAGAAUGGAACCUGUUUUGUGAUGGUGGAGAGGGAAGCAAUGUUGAAAGGAAAGCCAUGGACCUCAUCCCUGCUUUUUAUUGACCGUCCUGGGCCUCAGAUAAAGAUAUGCUUGGAAAAUCCAGUCCACUGGUAGCCUUCCAUGUUGUGGCUGCAUCUAUAAAAACUUGUGGGUGAAUAUGGAACAUGGUGAGAAUGGAAUUUGGCCAUUUGGUUGAGAUAGGAGGCUAGGAGCCAUGAUGAGAAACUGUUUGUUUGUUUUUCCCCCUUUCUAGCCUUGUGGCUUCCCAUUGAUUCCAUGGAGACUGGUGCAAUGACUGCAAAAGGCAAUGCAAAUAUAAGUUGUGCCAACCAGAUCAUCAUUUCAUAGAUGCAGGAAGGGAUGGUCCUGCCCCCCCCCCCCAGUACUGCCUUGAUCUCAUAUUGCAACUCCUGCAUUCCGUUUUUGCAAAUUCCUUCUUUUACACAUAAGCUCCAAUGGAGCAUUGCAAAGAUAAGAAAUGAUCCACAGUGCAAAUCCUAUGAGGACAAAGUAUGUUUAGAUUGGAGGGGGGUGGGAAAUCAAGUGUUUCAGAGGAAGGUUAUUUGAGGCAGACCAUGAUAGGCAUCCUUUGCUUGCCCUCAGCAUCUGCUCUGAUCCAGCUUCCAGGCCAGAGGAUGGGGUUUCCAGAUGUGCUUGGGCAUUAUGCCUGUUAAAAAUUAUUAGUGGAAGUAUGGGCUGGUUCUGAGCUUGUGUACCUUCUUUCAGAUGAGCUGAUGCCUUGGUCUGAAACAGUUCUCAUGCAAGUGUGUGUGCAAAGUUAUCCAUAACAAUGCUUUGGAAGCAGCUAGGAAAGAAAGAAGGGAAUAUCACUUUGCUGUUCUAGGGUUUGAUGUGAGGGAAAGAUGCAGGCCAAGCUGAAAUACAGAAUGAGGCAGGGUUGAAUUGCCUAGCAAUUAUGUGAAAUCUAAACAAUACAUCAUGGAAAAUACUGCGAACAGUUAAGUAUCUUUGUUAGGGGUGACACAAAAAACAGCUUGCUGCAUUUCUGUGCUAUGAUUUUAUUAAAGUACAACUUUCCUGAUGAUGAGGAUUCCUUUUGUGGUGGCUCUCUUCAUCCCUAUUUACACGCGUGUGCAAGGAAAAGCAAAACUUCACACCCAACCACCAAUGAAGGAAGCAUUUCUCAUGUUUCUGUGUGUGUGUUUUCCACCUCACAGCACCAAGACAGGAGUGCCAACUCUGAAGGUAUUGUCCAUGUACCCAAUUGUUCUUAUUGGCAACGGGCAAGCGCCUGCACUUGUCACAAAGAAAGUGAUGUGGCAAAGAAUUUAACUAUCUCUAAAAAUGGACUAGAUAUUUCAGUACUUGCCGGCCAGUUUUUGCCAAAUUCUGCUUCCAUCGCCCACUAUUUUGUGACAGGCUCUGCCCCUAUAACACCAUUUUGUGUCCAUUAAUUUUCAGCCACCUUAAGUGGCAGGGGGCUAGGAAGGUAGAAAGUUUGAGAAUCCUUAUUAUUAUAAGAGCACACCCUACUUCAAUAUAAAUUACACCGUGGUAGACCCUAACUUUCUCCCUUGGCUCUGAAGGAGUGACACCUGUUUUCUGCCCUGCUCAUGCCAGUUCUUCUUUGCCAUCAAAUCUGGCAGAUAGGGAUGACACCAGCGUUACAUAGAAAUGUGUCGCUUGCCACACUGAAUAUGCAAAGUCCAUUUUAUAGCUCUAAAAUGUGACUUCUCAUUUAAAUGAGUUGGGAGGGUGCAUAUUUGGAGACAGCCCUUGAAACCCCACACAAAAUAAUGAUUUCCAAAUGCCAUAUUCACUACAGGAAGAAGCUAUAUCAGGGUUCUCCUCCUUGGAUUACAACUCAUUUUAAAUGAGGAACAGUGCUUAGGGUGUUUCCUUGACAUUAAAAAAUCUGGACAUGCAUAAAUAUAGGAUCCUCCUCCCCUUAAGUUUGCGAUUUGACAGCAACAAUCACAGGUAACAAUGGUUCUCAAAGUGAAUAAUUCACAGUGGGAUCAGGUGUUAAAUAUGGUUGUGUUAUCGCCCCGAUUCUAUAUACCGGCAUUAUUUUCAUCGUCAUGAUCCUACACUUUGUUGAAGAGAAAUGUCCCACUGGAGUAGAAAUCAUAUAUUGAACAGAUGGAAAGCUCUUUAAUCUGAGUAGGCUGAAGACAAAGAGUAAGGUUACUCUAACUUCCAUCAUAGAGCUUCAGUAUACUGAUGACAACCUAGUGUGUGCACACUCAGUGGAUGACCUCCAAACCAUCCUAAAUAUCGUUUCAGAAGCUUACAAAAAGCUUGGCCUGUCGCUCAACAUCCAAAAAACCAAAGUCCUGCACCAACAAGCACAAAACAACCCCUCUGCAGCGUCACAAAUCCAACUCAAUGGUGUAACAUUGAAAAGUGUUGAUCAUUUCUCCUACCUGGGCAGUUAUCUUUCCACAAGGGCUGACAUUGAUGCCGAAAUCCAGCAUCGCCUGAGCUCUGAGUGCAGGUUUCUCCUGAUUGAAGUGCAGAGUGUUUGAGGGUCAGGACAUUCGCAGGGAAAACUCCUAAAUGCUUGUUUACAAAGCUAUUGUACUACCAACCUUACUGUAUGCUUGUGAAAUGUGAACCACUUACAAAUGCCAUCUCCAACUCCUCGAAAGAUUCCAUCAACAGUGUCUCCAAAAAAUUUUACACAUCACUUGGGAAGACAGGUGAACUAAUAUCAGUGUACUGGAAGAAGCAAAGAUCACCAGUGUCCAAGCAAUUAUUCUUCAACAUCAACUUCGUUGGACUGGUCAUGUUGUGCGGAUGCCUGAUGAUUGUCUUCCAAAGCAACUACUCUAUUCCGAACUUAAAAAUGGAAAGCGUAAUGCUGGUGGUCAACAAAAGAGGUUUAAAUACUGUCUCAAGGCAAAUCUUUACAAAUGUAGUAUAAACACUGGCAAUUGGGAGACACUGGCCUGUGAGAGCUCCAAUUUGAGAACAGCCUUUCAAAGGAGUCAUGGGCUUUGAAGACGCUCAAACUCAGGACAAAAGGGAGAAACGAGCUAAAAGGAAGGCACGCUUGCCAAACCCUCACCACGAUCAUCUCCCACCUGGAAACCUAUGUCCCAACUGUGGAAGGACAUGUGGAGUCAGAAUUGGCCUCCCUCCACAGUCACUUACGGACUCACUGUUAAGACCAGGCAUCCCCAAACUGUGGCCCUCCAGAUGUUUUGGCCUACAACUCCCAUGAUCCCUAGCUAGCAGGACCAGUGGUCAGGGAAGAUGGGAAUUGUAGUCCAAAACAUGUGGAGGGCCAAAGUUUGGGGAUGCCUAGUAAAGACCGUGUUCA